CUGGGGUCCAUGUCUAUUCCAAUGAAUGGGAGUCAAGUGUUGUUUGCAAGGACUGGACCUUUCCAACAACAUGAUCAAAGGCCAAGUGCCGCACUGGUUAUGGAGGCUACCAUUCUUACUGCAAGUAAAUAUCUCUCACAACUCUCUCAGCAGUUUCCAAGCAUCAUCAUCCCAGCAAAUUCUUCUCGAAUCAACUCUCCGCGCAAUAGAUUUACGUUCCAAUGAUUUCCAAGGACCACUCUUUAUCCCUCCUUCCCAUUCCAUUCAGUAUUUGGGGGGGUCCAACAACAAUUUCACCGGAGGGAUACCCCAAUCUAUAUGCGCUCUGAUGGCUCUAGAGUUACUCGAUUUGUCACACAACAACUUGAACGGCUCCGUUCCAGGGUGUUUGGGGAAUCACAAUGGAUCUCUCACUGUUUUGAAUCUUCGUCAUAACCAACUCAGCGGAACUCUUCCAGAUAUGUUUGUGGAUGCCAACAAAUUAAGAUCAAUUGAUCUUAGUGGCAACCGAUUGGAGGGAAAACUUCCUAAAUCUUUGGUGAGUUGCAGCAGUCUGGAGGUUUUGAAUGUGGCAAGCAACCGAAUCAAAGACACGUUCCCGUUUUGGUUGGCAUCAUUGCAAGAUCUACAGGUUCUUUCCCUCCGCUCAAACGAAUUUCAUGGUGAAGUAUACCUUCCCGAGUUUCCUUUUGGAUUUUCGAAGCUGCGAGUUAUCGAUAUUUCAAACAAUCACUUCAAUGGAACUCUACCAUCAGACUAUUUUGCUGGUUGGGCCGUAAUUUCUUCAAUGGGGUCAAGGGAUGUUCCUCUGGGUUCGAUGGGUAUUGUACUUAACUCGGGCUACUACUACUCCGAGUCCAUAGUUUUGACAAAUAAAGGGAUAGAGUUGGAGUACGAACGGAUCCUAACAACCUUCACGGCCAUCGAUUUUUCAAGAAAUGCAUUCAGAGGAGAAAUCCCUGAAUCCAUUGGUUUGCUGAAAGGACUUUACGCGUUCAACUUGUCAAGCAAUGCUUUUGCGGGUCAUAUCCCGACAUCGCUGGCAAACAUGACAGAGCUCGAGUCGCUGGACUUGUCCCUCAACAAUCUUUCCGGCAGAAUACCUUCAAAACUCGGGAGCCUCACGUUUCUAGCACGCAUGAACUUCUCCUACAACCAGCUCACAGGUCCGAUUCCAAAAGGCACACAGUUUGGUACCCAAAACAGUUCGUCUUUCGAACACAAUCUCGGACUAUGCGGCCCUCCUCUCGACCACAGUUGCGGAGAAGUCAAGACACCAGCAAGCGACGUGUCAGAACCGGAGGAUGAUGAAGAGAAAGAGGAAGAAAAGUUGAGUUGGAUCGCCGUUGCACUCGGCUUUGCACCAGGCCUUCUAUUCGGAGUGGCUCUUGGCCAUAUCGGGUUUUCGUAUAAGCGCGAAUGGUUGAUGAAGAUUUUCGGCCUAACUCGUUAACCCAUUUCAUGUCACUGCCAAGCCUUCUUCUCCAAGAGCCUCUUGGAUAAAACAUUAUAAAAGACGCGAUUGACAUGCAAAGUUGGACGAAUGUCAUCUUCAAGAAGUGUAGCUGAAUGCCCUUUUGUUAGUGAAUUGUUACACUCUUUUCCAAUACUAGCCAAUUUCAGGUUCCAGUGGCCAUAAACUAACUAAGAUUUAAACUGUAACAGCACGUGAAUGGCUUUUAAAUCUAUAAAAUAUUAGUUUUCGGAAAAUUAAAAAUAUGUGA